AUGUCCGCGGCCGGCGCGGAGGAGCCUCUGCCAUGCGUGCUGCUGCGCAACUGCACCAUCGUGCAGGCGGGCGGCGCGGGGGUCGUUGCUGACGUGGACGUGCGCGCGGCGCAGCACGUGCUGGUUCAGGGCAAGCGAAUCGCGUUCGUCGGAGAUGCGCUGCCGUCCGACCUGCUCACGUCGCUGACGGCUUCGCGACCCCCUGUGGAGUUCGACCUGGCGGGGCGUUAUCUCCUCCCCGGCCUGUGCGAUGCGCACGUGCACGUCACAGCGGCGGCGAGCGCAGAUCUGCACGCGCUGGCGGCGCUGCCCGUGUCGCUGGUGGCGUGCCGUGCUGUCAGGGGGCUGCAGGCGAUGCUCAUGAGAGGCUUCACCACCGUGCGCGAUGCUGGGGGGUGCGACCAGGGGCUGGCUCAGGCAGUGGAGGAGGGCACAGUGACUGGUCCACGUAUCCUCAUAUCAGGCCACGCCCUCUCCCAGACGGGCGGUCACGGGGACAUGCGCAAGCCCUCCCACGACACCCUCCCCGUCGCCGCCCCCUCCUCCUUCUCCCUCUGCGCUUGUUCCUCCGCUGCUUCUGCCCUCGGCGGCCUGGGCAUCGGCCGCGUCUGCGACGGCGAGGCUGAGGUUCGGCGGGCGGUUCGGGAGGAGCUUCGGCGGGGAGCGCGGCAGAUCAAGUUGAUGGCGUCGGGCGGCGUAUCCUCACCAUCAGAUCGCGUGGAGAGCGUGCAGUUCUCGGAAGGGGAGAUGCGGGCGGCGGUGGAGGAGGCAGAGGCGCAGGGCAUGUAUGUGAUGGCGCAUGCUUACACUGCUCGUGCGAUUAAGCGGGCAGUGGCUUGUGGCGUUCGGAGCAUCGAGCAUGGCAACAUGCUGGACGAGGAAGCAGCCGACCUCAUGCUGCAGAGAGGAAGCUUCCUGGUGCCCACGCUGGUGACGUACGAGCGGAUCAAACAGGCUGGGCAACAGAGCGGCAUGGAUGGCAGCAUCGUUGCCAAGGUGCAAGACCUGCUAGAGAGGGGGCUUGAAGCCGUGGCGAUGGCCGAAAGGAAGGGCGUGCCCAUAGUCUUUGGCUCGGACCUCCUGGGCCCCAUGCAGUCCCACCAGCUGCAGGAGUUAGCCAUCCGCAGCAAGGUGCAAUCACCAGCGUCGAUUCUUCGGUGA